AUGAAGGGGGACAAGCUGCGCCUUGCGCGGCUUUCGCUGCUGCUCUUGCAAGCCACAGUAGUCUUUAGUCGGACGGCUUUCGAAAAGCUUACGGAUGUGGACUUCUCAGGAAUAGCUUAUUACACAGUGCGCAAUCUAUCAUUGUACGAGUGUCAGGGAUGGUGUCGGGAGGAACCUGACUGCCAGGCGGCUUCCUUCAGCUUCGUCCUAAACCCGUUAACACCAGUGCAAGAAACACGUUGCCUAUUGCAGAAUGACACGCAAGCCAACAAUCCUAUGGCAACGCCUCAGCGGUCGGUGAACACGUACUACAUGGUGAAGCUGCAAGUGCGGACAGAUAACGUGUGCUUACGUCCCUGGGCGUUCGAGCGGGUCCCAGGCAAAACACUUCGGGGGCUCGACAACUCGAUCAUCUACACGUCCACUAAAGAAGGCUGUCUAGCAGCCUGCCUUAAUGAGAAAAAGUUCCCGUGUCGUUCAGCGGAGUACGAGUACGGCAGCAUGAGAUGUUCACUGAGCGACUCGGACAGGCGAACAGGACAACACUUUGUGCAACUUGUGGACACACCCGGCACCGACUACUUCGAGAAUUUGUGCCUGAAGGCGGCACAGGCGUGCAAGGGCCAAAGAGUGUUCAGCGCGCCACGGAUCGGUGUUGCCGAAGACAAGGUGGCCCAGUAUGCUGGAUUGCACUACUACACCGAUAAGGAAUUACAGGUAACAUCCGAAGCAGCUUGCCGACUAGCAUGCGAAAUCGAAUCCGAGUUCCUGUGUCGGUCGUACCUGUACAUGGGACCUCCUCAUUCCGCUGCAUACAACUGCCGAUUGUAUCACUUGGACCAUCACACCUUGCCUGAUGGACCCUCAGCUUAUCUCAACGCAGAAAGGCCUUUAAUCGACGAUGGGGAGCCUACUGGAAAAUACUUCGAGAACUUCUGUGAAAAGCCACCUAACAACUCUAAUCCACCCGGCGAGCUUCCAGUUACAAUUGAACACCAGCAAGACACCACUACGUCCAGCAAUUUGACGAGGAACAACGAUAACUGUGACAAGACUGGUACUUGCUAUAAUGUGUCAGUCCUUUGCAAGGAUACCAGAAUAGCCGUACAGGUGCGUACGAACAAACCGUUUAAUGGACGUAUCUACGCUUUAGGACGUUCUGAGACCUGUAACAUUGAUGUUCUCAACAGCGACUUGUUCCGACUUGAUCUUACCAUGGCUGGCCAGGACUGCAAUACUCAGAGUGCUACUGGAGUGUAUUCCAACACAGUUGUUCUUCAACAUCACAGCGUCGUUAUGACAAAGGCGGAUAAGAUUUACAAAGUCAAGUGCACAUACGACAUGAGUUCUAAAAACAUAACAUUCGGAAUGGUGCCAAUCAGGGAUCCGGAUAUGAUUUCUAUUACUGCUGCGCCUGAAGCGCCUCCGCCACGCAUCCGUAUCUUGGAUGCUCGCCAACAAGAGGUCGAGACCGUUCGUAUUGGAGACAGACUUACCUUCCGCAUCGAAAUUCCCAAAGACACUCCUUACGGCAUAUUCGCGCGCAGUUGUGUGGCUAUGGCGAAAGAUUCCAAGAGUACUUUCCAGAUUAUUGACGAUGAAGGAUGCCCCUUGGACCCCUCGAUUUUCCCAGCAUUCACACCUGACGGUGAUGCUCUUCAAUCCGUGUACGAAGCUUUCCGAUUCACAGAAUCUUAUGGUGUCAUCUUCCAGUGUAAUGUCAAGUAUUGUCUCGGACCUUGUGAACCGGCGGUGUGUGAAUGGGGUCGGGAUUCUUUGGAGUCUUGGGGCAGAAAGAAACGUUCGCUGCCUCACAACGGGACAACCGAAGCACACAGUCAAGAAGAAGAUACGAAUAUCUCACAAGAAAUUAUAGUGUUGGACUUUGGUGAUGAGAGGCAAAGCACGGACUUCCUUCGCUCCGACAAGCCUGGUGGUGUGGCGUCUGAGGCAAACUUUGGAGAAAAAACUGUCACGAUCGUGGAACCCUGCCCCAGCAAGGCGUCAGUCCUUCUUCUAGGAGUCGCGUGUGCUCUGCUGGUUCUGCUAUACAUCGCGACGAUUUUCUGUUACUACAUGCGCAAGUGGCUGGCACCACCCAAGCACAUGUCAUAA